AUGAUGGAACCAAUCAGCGUGCCCAACGAGGGCCUUCGGAGCUCCGCUUCCGACGUUCCGGCGCUUGGCCGAACGGGGCGUGACAGCAGCCUGAGGCCAUCCGGGCUUCUGCCGUUCCCAGCUUUAGCGUCUCCGACUACGACUCCUUUGACCACUUCUUCCUCCGCUAAUCAUAAUAGUAUUACCACUACUCUUAAUACCGCUACGGCUAAUCUGAUUACUCCCACUCUCACUCCGACUCCUGGCCCUGGCCCUGUCCCUGGCCCUCUCCCUACCAAUCACCUGCCUGAAAGUGAAACCCCACGUGGAUCCGGCACCAUCGACGCGUCUACUUCCUCCCCUUCUUCCAGGGCACCUUUUGUGCGUGGGCAUCGUCGUCGCUCUACCCACGUUACUCGUCGUGACCUUGAGAAAUUCCGCAAAGAGGUCCUGGGCGUCGAACCUCCUGAAUUCGACUUCGAUCUCGGCAGCUCCGGCAGUGGCGCCCCCAACCCGACUCACGACCCGCAGCUCGAAUCUCUGAACCGAGCCUUUGACGACGCCGCCAUGUCCCUGAACAGCAGCGGUGGCAUGACAAGCAGUAGUCCCGGUUCGGCUAUGUUCGCCAGCUACGCCGAUUCCUCCGGCCCUCCCAACAUGGCCAACGUGCCUCGUCAGUCGAUGUCCCCCGCAAUGCUGCACAACCCUGCCCAGGCCAACGGGGGCGGAAUGGCCGGUAUGAAUGGCGGAAUACCGAUGAACGCGGGUCACCAGAUGGAUCUUCAUCAGCUCUACGACAUGGUGCUGGAACUGAGCGAGGUGCUGAAGAACAACCGCGAGAUGACCAAGGGCAUUGUCACCAGUGCGGACGAGAUCAUGAGACGAUCUUCUGCGGAUGGGCCUGUCCAGAAUCUUCAUCAGGUGAAUGGCGAAAUCACGGCCGCCCGGAUCGCUGAACUUGAGCGCGCCCUUGCCAAAGAAAAACGUACCGUCGAGGUUCUGAAAAACGAGCAGGCGGAGAAUACCAAACUUAUCGGUGAUUACGAGGCGGCUGUUGGCACCAUGGUGGAACAAAUCCGAAACUACUGCCAGAACAACAACAUGAACUACCUGGCUCAGAAGCGUCACUACAACAACCUUCUUCAGGCUGAACGAGAUGCGCAUUUGGAAAGUCGGUUGGAUCGCGAUUAUUGGCACGCGCAGACCAUGAAAUGCGCCGAGAUGAUCCGCACGGCCUACCGUCUACGCUGCGAGGAAGAAGAAAUGCCCGUCCGUGUGAUUGCGGGUUUGCAGAAUGAAGUCCGUGCCUAUCGCAAUGCCCUCGGCAUGGAACCGGAGAGGCCGGAAGAGGAGUUUGGAUGGGAGGUCUUGAAAGACGUGCCGGCGGGUCUCGAAUGAGAUGAGAAAUGACAACCUUUUGACGGAUCUUUUGAUUUUUGUUCUGACGACAAGGCGUUUUUGGUGCGAUUCUUUGGCAAGCACUGGCAUGGCAUGUUUCAGGUGAAGAUACCCUUCUUAUCUUUGCAUAUUGUAUUCUAUCUAUAUCCCUUCAUGUCUUCUUUUUCAACUGUUUAUGCUUUCCCCCGUUUGUAUUCAACCCUCAGGAUAUUUAUCUGGUUAUCUUUUGGGUAUCCGGGUUUUGCGAUCAUGAUCUGUGAACUUGGAUCAAUUGCGAUAUGUUUCUAUUCUGCAUUGCGAGGGUGUGUUUUCAUGUACAUUAAUCAUUCGUGGAUGGACUUUCGGCUCAUUCACUCGACGGGAUUCCCAACAACCAAUUGCAAUACCUUCAUACAGACUUUGCAUAGUCAAGU